AUGUUGCUGCUAAAGCUACUGUUGCUACUGAUUGGCGUUUGCACAGCCAAGGGGCUUGAUGCCGACGAAGAUGAACAGCCUUUUCACAACUAUCACGUCUUUGCCAAUAGCCAUCAGAAUCGUGGCUUCGCUCGCAUUCUCACAACCAUCGAGAAAAUGAGUAGCAUUUGGUUCACCACAAGGGUCUAUAUAAACAAUAGGCGGCUCGUUGACUAUUUUCAAACCAACUUGAGUGAGCCGCUCGAACCACUGCUGUGGUACCGCUCCAAAAAUUUGACCGAAACCCUUUUAUUUUUCGGAAUUACGUCGGUGAAGAAACUGCCCUACACUCAGUGCUAUUAUCAUGUAUCCAAUGCAUAUUUCUUCAACGAUGGCUUUCGCAAUGUAUCGUCGCGCAUUACCCUGGAAGGGAAUAGCAAACGAUUUUUUAUAGUCCACACCUCCAUGUAUGUCACUACGAGGGAGAAGUCUUCGAAACUGUGUACACCGUUCUUCACUUUCCCGCGCUGCUUUAACAUCAGCCAGCCCCUGGUCUAUGAUACGGCCACAGUGUUGGUAUUACGCGCCGAAUUCGAACGCCACUGUCCAUUGGAUAAGUAUACCACCUAUACGUGGACUCUACACGACAGCACCGAAGACGUGCUUCUGGAUUUCUUGGGUGGUACCCUGGUGCCCGAGAUCAAGAUCGGUAAGUAUAAGCUUAAUAUACAUCAGCAAUCAAAGUAUACACGAUGCGUGUUGUUGCGUCUCAACGUCCGAAUAAUUGGGAGAAGCAUGCCAUUAGUUGCCCGGUGCUACUUGGCGUUAGCGGCCCAACGCCUAAUAGCUAGUAUACGUGGCGGCGCCUUUCGCCAUGUGUUUCUUGGAAAGACAAUCAAAGUGAGUGGCUUGCCGAGUCGGGACUUGUCGCUAUCGCCCUUCGCUAACCAGCACUUGAUAUAUAAUUGGUCGUGCGAGUGCCACCAUCGUCAAAUUAUCCGCACUUGCAAGGAAGAUAUGGGCACAAAUAUGACAUUCAAAAUCCCAGCGUAUUCUCAGCCGCAUGGUCAGGACUGUUACGUUUCCCUAAUGGUUCAGUCCACCUUCGAUCCAGUGCGGGCCGGCGUCGCCAAACAAAUCAUUAAAUUCACGAGAUCCCGACGCACCGUUCACGUGAACAUCUUAUGCGAAACUAAUUGUGCGGGAAAUAAAUACUCAGCCGAUCAGAUUGUACAUCUGAAGGCCAAGUGCGUGCGAUGUCACGGCAUGAAAGUUUUUAAUUGGACUUGGAGAUUCGAGGAGGAAAUUAUUGCGGAGAACACGAAUCGACUUAUUUACGAAAUACCAUACACAGUUAAUCGCCAGGUUAAUAUACGCGUAGAUAUUCAAGCCAAGAAAUGGGAUAGUGAUGACGGAAAAUGGUUGUACUAUCACGGCAGAACGUGGGUAAUACUUGAAAGGAAUCAGGGCCCCAUUGACAGCAUCUGUCAAAUUGAACCCCAAUCGGGAACCGCUCUGGAAACCACAUUCGAUUUUAAAUGUCAAGCUGGUCAGACACGUUUUCGACCGAUGCAAUACUGUAUAUCCGUUCGCGGCUUACUAAUCGAAGACUGCAAAAAGGAUGAAAACUUUAAGAUGCGACUGCCCGCAACAAAAAAUCUUAAUGUUAAGGCAUGUGAUCCCUACAAUGUUUGUCAAAAUGUGAAAGUGGACGUGAAUGUGGAACCAUUUCCCUACGAAUCAUCGGAGUCUAGCUUCGACUCUGCAAUAAAGCUUAUUCGCAGGUGGCUAGAGUAUGCAGAUUGGCAACGAGCCUUUUUAAUUAUCUACCAAUUAGUUAGGGAGUUCGACACAAAGGAGAGACUCUUACAAAUUACCGAUGCCAUGUCCGUUUAUCUGCCCCAGGCUGCGUUCCAGGUGGCACAUGUGGCGCGUAUCGCUCGCGAAAUAACCGUAACUGUAGCGCCAUUCAAUGAUAUGGAGGCCAUGCUGGUGGCACGUUUAUUGGGCAUCGUAGCACAUGCUUUGGAACUGAUCAUUGCAAACAAUGAAUUGGACAGCCUGAUGGAAGAAUAUUACAAUGUUAUGGUAGAUGAUUUACUGGAUAUUGUUGACUAUUUCUAUCACGAAUGGGAAUUCAUUCCAGACGCGCAGUGCCACGCCGAGGCGCAGUCAUGCCUGAACAUUGAUAUAUAUGGCAACCGGCAUGAGCAGAUGCAUUUGCUGCAUCCACAUCAUCUGGAGAUAGUGAACAACUGGAUGCAUGCCCACUGGAAGCUCAGCAGCUGCGCUUUCUUGCUGGGCAUGGGCACAGCGCAACGCCUGAAGCCUGGCGAGGGGUUUGUGGUGAUGCAACGAAACACCUUUACAAUGCAGAUGGAGGCAUUCGAUAUUGAGGAGAAAACGUCGCUUCAUUUGACAUCGAAAAACCUUAUGCAUGAGGUCUUGUUGUCGGAGGAAUUCAUCAAUGAUGUACGCGAGCGCCUAAACACAACUGAAAUCCUCAUUUCCAUGCGCAGCGCCAACCAAAGCCAGUUCUGGUGGUAUCCUGAGCAGGAGUCCCAGACCCAGGUGCUGGUCGUCAACAUUUAUUCGUCACGUAAAAUUUGGGAGCGAACUUGGAAGCUUAACGUACCUAUACGAUUCAUUUCCAAAUUUCGAAUAGAUGAGCAAAAUACAGAAAACACCACCGACUCCAAUUUUACGCGUAAAGCACGCCAAGCUGGAUUCGAUGAACCGGAGCCGGUUGCUGAAAAUGUCGUCAAUGAUAAUGUACACAAUUCAGAGGAGAUCAGGAUGUAUCAUGCCGAUGUACUUGGCCAUGCCAUCCUGGGAAUAACCUUCACGCAUGUCGAUAUCGACUAUCAGGUACUUUUACGUUCCACAUAUGUGCCCAAGCUGGAGGACAUGGAUCAAAAGGACGCUACGUGUUUGAUUAGCUCUUCGAAAAACACAUCCAGCGUUUUGUUGUUCCGCAAUCUGUGUAAUGAGUCUCGACGCGUCUACAUCUAUUUGCGAGCGGCUAAUCGUAAGGAGCCGUGGGACGAAUACCAGACCGGUGGUGCCACCUUUACGUUCUCAACGGAAAUACGAUUUUGUCGCCUGUGGGCAUUUACGCGGCCCGAGCCGGAUUGGCAAAACACUGCCUGCAUUCCGGAAAUGAACAAAAGCGUUACUGAUGGCAUUCAGUGUGAAUGCGACUACGUGAGCGCGUUCGAUGCCGAUGCCUCGCCCAUUAUUGUGACCACCAUGAAGCCAAAGUGUCACCUGGAACAGCCAAAGGUUGAGCGAAACUAUCAGAUGAUAGGAUUCUAUAUCUUCAUCACAGCUGUGGCCAUUUUGUAUCUAUACAUCAACAUGCAGUCGGCGAUGGAGCACGACAAGCGUCUCUAUGUGGAACAGCGACGAACUGGUAAGCCCUGUCGUCGGGGCGAUAUUAUCGUAAAGUUCACAUUUGGCGGACGCUAUAAUGCGGGCACAUCGGCCAAUCUGAUAUUCUCCUUUAUCUCGGCCCGAGGCACCUUUGAUUUUGUGGUCUAUCAGAAUCCGUUGAUCCACCAUUUCGAUCGGAAUACGACAAUCACAUUUCGAUUGCAACGCGAACUGGUUCAGUUGCCGGCACGAUUGGCACUUGGACAUGAUAAUACAGGUAUAUAUCCCCAUUACUAUUGUAGAAAUGUCGUCGUACACGAUAUGCUGACGGGACAUACGCAAAACUUUCGCUUCAUGUGCUGGCUGCGGGGAACCCCCACCGAUAAUAAUUAUAUGAGGGCCCGUCUAUUGAUACGGGACAAGCAAACGCCUAAGGAUGCAUUUUCGUGGAAGUUACGUUUUGCCAUGUCCAUGGAGAAUUACAUGGGAAAUUGGUAUCUGUUUCAACCGAUUAUUGGACCCUGGCGUUAUGGCAUCGGGCAGAGAUCGCUAACACGUUGGGAACGCUCUUGUAUUUUCAUUUGUAAGAUGUUCAUAACGCUCAGUGUGGUGGUUAUAUAUUUUGGGAAAUCAGUCUCCAUUGACUGUGAUCCGAAUCGCAAGAAAUAUAAUGAUGUGGAUAUGGUGAUUGGAUUAUGUUUCGUCUGUUUCUUUAUUAGUAGUGCUGUACAGGUGGUUUUGGAACUUUUGCUCCGUUUCAUAACCUACAGUGAUUAG